AUGCGGCGGCGCGCGAGGUCCAUGGCGGCGGGCAGCGGCGUGCGAGUUCCACGGCUGUGCGUGCAGCGCCACCGGGGCGGCGGUCGCGCACGCGGGGCGACCGCGCGAGACUCCAUGGCGGUGGCGCGCGAGAUCUCGUCGGUGGCCGCGCAAGCUCCCGUCGGCGGCCGCGUGUGCGAGGCAGCCGCCCGAGGCUCCACGACGGCGUCGCGCCAGAUUGCGCCGGUGGCCGCGCGAGGCUCCGUGAUGGCGGCGGCUGUGCGAGCUCCCUUCGGGGGUCGCGAGCUCACUAAACUGUCGGGUGGACUAGAAGGUGGUGCUGACCCUCCAGCAUUCCAACGAGCUGAAAAGAAAAGACUUGAAGCUGCUAAAAGGGCUGAAGAAGCUGCUGCAGUUAAGGAGGCAGCGCUGGAAGAAUCUCUUUGCGACACACAGAAUUCUGAGGUUGAGAGUACCAUAACUCCAGAAAGGUAG